CUGAAACGCCAACACGUACAAAAAAUCCGCCUUUAUCUUCCAUGGCUCUCGCUCCUUCAUUUUCUGCUACUCUGCCGCCAAAUAAACUGCGACCCGGCAAUCAUCCACUUGCUUCUCACCCUGCACCCGUUAUUUUUCAUGACAAAUCCCCACUCUCAUUUCCAAUACCAAAUACCGCCAGCACCCACGUCAUAGUAAGCCCCAGCAAGCUCCUUGACACUGCUGAUUCUGGCAUACGGAGGACUAGAAUUUCCUUCUUUCCUGGCUUUUUGACAAAGGGUAGGGAUGCUGAGAGCCUCAAGGAGGAGCUUUACGCAACAAUAGGGCCUCUUGAUAGAGGGGCUGAGGCUACUCCCGAAGACCAACAGCGUGUAGAACAGAUUGCUCGUAAACUCGAGGACGUGAAUGAAAUAAAGGAGCCUCUCAAGUCCAAUCUGCUCAAUGGAAAAUGGGAACUCAUAUAUACAACCUCCCAGUCCGUUUUGCAAACUCAGAGACCAAAAUUUUUACGACCAAAUGGAAAAAUCUACCAGGCAAUCAAUGUGGAUACUCUUAGGGCUCAAAAUAUGGAAACUUGGCCAUUCUUUAAUCAGGUCACAGCUAAUUUAGUCCCUUUAAACUCAAGAAGAGUGGCGGUUAAAUUUGACUUCUUCAGAAUUGUUGGUCUGAUACCUAUUAAGUCACCAGGGAGUGGUCGUGGUCAGUUGGAAAUAACUUACUUGGAUGAAGAGUUACGAAUAUCAAGAGGAGAUAAAGGUAACUUAUUCAUUUUAAAAAUGGUGGAUGCAUCCUAUAGAGUUCCUCUUUGAUGUAGCUUUUCCUAAAGAAUGAUUGUUGAGCUUCCUCUCUAGAGGGUAAAGUGGAGGACUGACUAGUGCCGUGUGUUCAUUUAUGUAUAACUGUAGCUGAUUGGGUAAAGUUGAUCAUUUUAUUCGCUCUGUAUGAAAAGUAGCCAAGGGAAAUUCAAUUCACUGAUUGAUAACCUGGCUCCAUGUGCGAGUUUUUAGUGUAAGUUGUACAUUAUUUCCGUUCA